AUGCCAACACCUGAAUUUCUGGACUUGAAAACUGUAAAAAAGUUUUGGGAUCAGAAUCAAAAUAAAAGCCAGAGCAAAACAUCCCAAUCACACAAGAAAAAGGAAACAGAGAAUAUCAUUCAGAUGAUAGCUGAUG